UAUGGCGUUCCCCCUAGGGUGUUAUGGUGUUCGAUGUUGGUGGACCGCGUGCCGCGCUUGUCGUGUCAGUUUGCUGUGUCGAUUUCAAGGCGAUAUUUGUUCAAGACUUGCCGCCGUGUUUCAACUCGUAACGUUGUGAAGCGUUCGUCCGAAGCGGCCGAGAAACCUUUCGACUCGAGAACUAGUGUGAAUUUAUUCAGCGUAUGAACUCGGUCAGCGAUUUGCAACGGAGCCACGCACUGUAGCAACGUAGCGUGAACAACGGUUCCGCGGUGAAUCGAAAUGAUGGUUGAGUACUUCAGUGGGCUGUGUUGAAACUACUUGUUGGAACAGUAUUGUGGAAAAUUAUUUUGAGUCGUGUUCGUUCGUCUGCCUAUCAAUAACAAAGACUGUGGACCAACAUGUACCAGAGUCGACAUACUGUAAGUGAAAAUUCGUGUUGAAAUGGUGGUUAUUGAAGAACAGGCUUCUGAAAUGUGACACCCCCUUUCACCAGAAGAAGAGUUCAAAAAAUCAUGUUUUUCUCUUUCUCUUAGACCCCGCACCAGCCUUCUGGUCAACCUUUUAAAUUUACCGUGGCGGACUCCUGCGAUCGUAUCAAAGAGGAAUUCAACUUCCUUCAGGCUCAGUACCACAGGUAAAUCUUUUCGUUUUCAGUUGAUUAACGUUCACUGCAUGAAUUAACCGAUCGGAAAACAUCAACUUGUCUGUGUAUACAAGUUUGGCACGAUGGUUUGGCAUCAGAAGCGUGAAUUAAAUCUUGUCUGGUUUUUGGCGCUUAAGGUUUCCAGAAAUCUCUCUUUUUAGUGUGUAAGUUUAAUUUAUUUUGGCUGCAUACAUAUCCAUUAUGUCAUGUAAAGUUAAUCUUAUCGUGGGCUUUCAACACAAUAUUUACAUUGCACUGCUUUUUUGCUUUUAGUUUGAAGUUAGAGUGUGAAAAACUUGCAAGUGAGAAGACAGAAAUGCAAAGACACUACGUAAUGGUACGUUGAAUCCAGUGUUAAAUAUUUUCGCCAUUCUUCAUUUCACUAUCGCACUCUUGUCAUCUUCAAGGACCAUCGAUUAACAUACGAGACCGAACUUUGUAAUCCAGAAAAUGUCUAUUCACGAAAACACCAACUCGACUGUGGACCUCUUGUGUUAUUUGGAAAGCAGAAACUAUUGAUCGAGUCAACUUUUUCUUUGUUUACCUUUUCUGUGACGUUAGAGGUUUUGGUCUCAAGAUGUGAAUACCUUGUAUUCGUUUAUAUGCCCGAUAAGGUUUGUAUUAGGUUAAUAGCUUUUCGGCUAUGUGUAGCCCAAGGCCUUUCCUUUUAAUUGUGUAAUAAUGGAGUCGCCCCGCUGUAAUUAAUUUGCAAUAGAUAGUUGAUCUGUAUUUGUGGAAGAAAUUUAGCGCGUUGUUUAAUUCCUUUAAUCCGAAAAAAUCGGCUAGCCUUGCGAUCUAUGGUUUUAAAACAUGUAUUGUGUUCUCCAAGCAGAUGUGUUUUCACUUCACACUUAUCGCUGAAGCAGUGAUAAACGUAUGUCACUGGACCCCAAGCCACCACAAAUCUGAAGAUUCACACUUCACUGGCGUUUGUUUUUAUUUUCUUGCAGUACUAUGAGAUGUCUUACGGACUUAACGUGGAAAUGCAUAAACAGGUACGAGUUCGCGAAAAUGAAUCAAAUACGUGACAAUCUUAGACAGAGCUGUUAACUUGGGUUCAAUGGUUUUGAAAUGUAAAUUCCCCUCAUCGAGAUCAAAAGUCAUAUUUCUGGCGACAUCACUUGAUACUUGCUCUUGUAGAGAUAAGCCGUUGAUAGAUAAACUAGCGAAUUAUUUUUGGCAAGCUUACUUGACACUCAUCCCCUCUAAAACACAAACACCGUGGAACGGAAAUGUGAACUGGAACCUAUGUCCUUGACUUGUUUUAUCUCCCUUAAAAAUGCGGAUUAGAUUUGUGGCGUCCUAUAUUGAUCAACAAGAGUUUUACAUUACACCUUAGACAAACUUUAGGCGACAGCCAUUAAUAGUUUACAUUUUUUCUUUCCGAAAUGUAAAUUAAAAUGUGCUUGAAGCGUUCCCUCUUCAAACAGACCAGUGAGUUGGCAGGCUAAUAUAAACACAAAUGGCCACGGGAGAAUUAAUUGCAAAUUGAACACAAAGCCCACCUUUAAUGCUAGGUACUUAAAACUUCGACUGACAGUUUUAGAGCCUUUUCAAAAUAUGUCAAGCAUGCUAUUCUAAAUUGCAGCCAAUGUAAAGUUGUUUAUUUUGGCGCAAACCAUCGGCCCUCUCCCGUUGAAAUUGAAUUCGUUCACCAUUUUUUUCGGCACUCCGUGCUGGAUGGCUAAUCACAUAAUCCUUUUGGGAGCUAGAUUUAGAUUAUGACAGGAACCAAAACCAAAGUGGAUCACUCAUCCCUGUUGUGUGUCUUUUAUCCCAGAGGGAAUUAUAUUGUCACCACCUCAACUUUUGUUGUGGGUGUUAAUUAAGCUGGGUUGAAUGCUCUGGAUGAUGUCACAAGAACGUGAUCUUUUUCCAAUGGUGUGCUUCUUACUGUGGCAUUAGAUAUAGGAAUAUUUCUCAGAAGGGGUUUUUAUUCACUCUCUAAAAGGUGCCACAUGGUUUUAUGUUAGUAUUAUUUUAUGGAGUUGAAAGGUUGUCUCAGUGAAGUAUUUAAAUUUCAUGCAUGUCCAUAUUUCCCACAAAUUGUUCAUUCAACCUCAAAGGUCAGCGUUUUAUUUAGAAUAAGUUACUUUUUUUCUUUGCCACUUAUAUACCCACACAAAAGUAUUCUCAACGCAACCGUAAGGGGAAACUUUAUGGUUAAGCUUAUUUCCUGUUGUUAAGUUUACUGGACUAAGCAAAUUUCCCCUUGGGAAUACUUUCCUUUGCAAAUUGAUGCGACAAGGAAGUGGUAUUGUUUAAAAUGUAAGCCAAUAAAGCAUACAAUUUGAUAUUUAUUCCAUUUACGGUAUGUUAAGGGCAUUUUAAUUUUUCCUUUGGGUUAGUGCCUCAUGUAGAGGUACUGUCAAGCACUCUGCUGGAUAGCCUCUUUUGGUUAAUUAAAAUUUAUAUAAUACAAAUACAAACAUACAAACUCUUACCAACUGGUCAGGAAAAUCAGGUCACAAAAUUUGACAUGUUUUCCUGCACAGAGGUCUAUAUCUAAUGGACGACCCCAUUCUGCGAACUACUUAAAAAACCCACAAAAGGGUACCGUCAGUGCUUUUUUGAUAUCAAAUUAGUGUAACAGAUGCCCUCACGUCAUGGCAACACUCUUAAAGUGGUUUUGUUUCAUCUAAAGGCUAUGCUAGUGUGUCUAAAUGAUUACCAUUUAAAAUGCGGUGUACGUCUGGACAAAUAACCAAAUAAUAUACAGAAACAGCAACCAAAGACGAUUAUUAUAACAUCUGUUUGCUGUUUAAAUUGUUUUCCCUUCCCAUAAGAUUUUCAGAGGUAUUUUUCUUCUGCAAUUGGACAAAAAACCCAUUGACUGAAGGUGCAGUUCUUAAUCUUUCGUAAAACUAUUCCCAGCCAGGCAUGAUAGUACCGCAAGUUAUCUCAAGUUUUCACACCUGAAAUCUCAAGUUUAUUCGACUCCUGAUAACUCAACCUUCAAGGGAAAUAGAAAAAAGUUCGAGUUAUGGGGAGUUCGAUUUAUCAAGGGUAAAAUUAUAUAAAAAACGAAUCUAAAUUAAACAAGCAAAGCACACCCAGUUGCAUCAGCUGGGCAAACUGGGAAUUGCAGGAAAUAAAUAGCAAAGUUUUGUUGUUUGGUAAACCUAGCACCACUACUUAUUUUUGUGAGCACAGACAUGUUUAUAUCUUUUUUUUAAAGUAAUUUUAAGUCUGUCAGGGUUUCAGGGUUUACCUGGCCAUGAGAAUUUUUCCUAGGCUACUUUGUUUGAAGCACGAUAAACACAAGAAAAAAUCAAAUCCCUGGCCAUAUUUCCUAUUUCUUCUUCUACUUCAACAAUAAUUUAGCUGUUUAAAAAUGAAUGUUUGGAUUGAACAAGAAAAGACUACUAGUGAUAUACAGUGGAAGCCCUCCUAACGAUCACUCUCGUAAGCCGACAGCUAUACUCAUGGCCUCCUUCACAAAACCCCGUUUUUUACAUACAUUGUAUUUUUACAUUCCCGUAAGUGGCCAGCUCUAGUUUUGGACAUGUUUUUCGCAUCCCGAGGGUGUCUACUCUUGAGAGCUUCCAUUGUAUUGCUUUGUCCUAGCUGUGUUAAAGUAGAUGUUUUGUUGUUGUCUUGUAGACUGAGAUUGCAAAAAGAUUGAAUGCUAUAUGUGCUCAAAUCAUUCCCUUCCUUUCACAAGAUGUGAGUAUGAAAUAAGCAUCUUUUAAUGUACUUUUUAUAGCUGUCUUGUAAGUGCCAACAAGUAAAGAUUUUACCAAUACGUGCGCGCUUUUUAAUUUGUUUAGAAAUGUCGUAAAUUAUCAUAACAAUAUAAAAAUCCAGCAGGCAAGUGCAACAGCUGUACACGUAUGUUGCAAAUAAAUCAAGCCGACAAUUAUUGGUUGAGGAUGGGUUGAGCACUGGACUCACAAACACACACAUGGCUCUUGGAUUCUCUGUUCUGUAUCACGUGUUCACUCGAAAAACAGUGGAUUCUCUGUUCUGCAUUAUGUCAUAAAAGUUACCUUACACUAACUUAUGUUACAUCGCUGCGAGAUUCAUUAUGCCUUGGAACUUUCGCACACGGCUUUAUAAGGCUGCUACCUUGCAGCUGCUCAUUGGUAAUUAGUAACCAAAAGCUUGUACCUCCAUUGUCUCUGUACAGUUUAGUAAAAUUUUAUUCCCUAAUAUUUAUAUUUAACUAUGGCACAUUGAAGGGUUUAACUGAUCAAAGCAUCAUGAUCAUCAACUUCAUGAUCCUUCUUACCAGUGUACCCAAGGAUGUCUUCAAAUGUUAAGUUAAGAAGAUUGUUUAUUGAUUGAUUGUACAUUCGGCGGUAGGAUGAGCCCAGUCAGUAGAGUACUUGACUGGGGAGUGGGAGGUUGUGGGUUCGUCCUGGGGCCAGACCAAUAUUCAUGUUCUUAAUAUAUCUGAGUAAUGAUGGUACUUCCUUUGCCCUACAAAUGGCCUUCGCGGGGAUCGGAUGACCACGUAAAAUGGCAGGGGAGACAAAAAUAGCAUCCUCAAUAAUAGUAUUUUCAUUACUCAAAUAAAUUACAUUUUUUUUUAUGCUACAUAUGAUUCAUCUGUACCUGAUAUUGAACUUCUUGGUGGUGGCUUGAAAUUAAUUUUUAAUCAUAUCCAAUUAUAGUUUCAUCAGAUAAAUUUAGGAAUCUUAAAAUGUGUGAGCUUCUAUUUCCAUUUUCUUUGUGGAUGAGUUUUACUUAGGCAUUGUUAUUAUUUAGGGUCAUUUUCAGUUAACAUGUUUUGUUUGAUUCUAUUUUAAGCAUCAACAGCAAGUUGCAGCAGCUGUGGAGAGAGCUAAACAGGUCACCAUGACUGAAUUAAAUGCUAUAAUAGGGGUAAGAAUUUGACCCUUUUUUUAUCUCUCAAAGAGCACGGCCUUGAUUGCUAUUUUUCUCUCUUUAGCAUAUGUGACAUACAUGUCACCCAGCUGUUUUUCAAAAGCAGUGAGAGGAUGGUUUGAUCACAUAUUACAAAAGACUGAGAAGAGACUGAAUAAUUACCUCACCACAGCUCAACAGCUAGCCUGCAAUAGUUUCUGAAACAAUAAGAAACACCCUAUCUUCCCCUAAAAAUGUACCCCUCCCCCCCCAACCCACCCACCACAGGCCAAGGUUUUCAAUAACUUGUUCAUCCACUGUUCCAUUUUUGUUAACAACAGUAACAAUGUGGCUCAUGGCAAACAGGCUUUACUAAACUCUGUUCAAAAUGCAAAUUUCACUGUUCUUUCAUUUAUCAGUGACACCUGUCACAGGUGUUAGGGGUACAGUGAGCCAUGUCCAGCGCUGGCCAUGAAAUCCAGAGUUUCUUCACUUCUUACUUAGUUCUACACUUCUCAGAGGUGUGGAAGUGUGGAAUAGUCCGACAGAGUAAGGAUAUUGUCGCACUUUCCCCCAGUCAUGAACCCUUUGUCAUUCUUUACUUAGUUCUACACUUCUCAGAGGUGUGGAAGUGUGGAAUAGUCCGACAAAGUAAGGAUAUUGUCGCACUUUCCCCCAGUGAUGAACCCUUUGUCAUUCUUUACUUAGUUCUACACUUCUCAGAGGUGUGGAAGUGUGGAAUAGUCCGACAAAGUCAGGAUAUUGUCGCGCUUUCCCCCCGUCAUGAACCCUUUGUCAUUCUUUACUUAGUUCUACACUUCUCACAGAUGUGGAAGUGUGGAAUAGUCCGACAAAGUAAGGAUAUUGUCGCACUUUCCCCCAGUCAUGAACCCUUUGUCAUUCUUUACUUAGUUCUACACUUCUCAGAGGUGUGGAAGUGUGGAAUAGUCCGACAAAGUAAGGAUAUUGUCGCACUUUCCCCCAGUCAUGAACCCUUUGUCAUUCUUUACUUAGUUCUACACUUCUCAGAGGUGUGGAAGUGUGGAAUAGUCCGACAAAGUAAGGAUAUUGUCGCACUUUCCCCCAGUCAUGAACCCUUUGUCAUUCUUUACUUAGUUCUACACUUCUCAGAGGUGUGGAAGUGUGGAAUAGUCCGACAAAGUAAGGAUAUUGUCGCACUUUCCCCCAGUCAUGAACCCUUUGUCAUUCUUUACUUAGUUCUACACUUCUCAGAGGUGUGGAAGUGUGGAAUAGUCCGACAAAGUAAGGAUAUUGUCACACUUUUCCCCCUGUUAAGAACCCCUUGUCAUUCUUUACUUAGUUCUACACUUCUCAGAGGUGUGGAAGUGUGGAAUAGUCCGACAAAGUAAGGAUAUUGUCGCACUUUCCCCAGUCAUGAACCCUUUGUCAUUCUUUACUUAGUUCUACACUUCCCGGACGUCUGGAAGUGUGGAAAAGUCCGACAAAGUAAGGAUAUUGUCGCACUUUCCCCCAGUCAUGAACCCUUUGUCAUUCUUUACUUAGUUCUACACUUCUCAGAGGUGUGGAAGUGUGGAAUAGUCCGACAAAGUCAGGAUAUUGUCGCACUUUCCCCCAGUCAUGAACCCUUUGUCAUUCUUUACUUAGUUCUACACUUCUCAGAGGUGUGGAAGUGUGGAAUAGUCCGACAAAGUAAGGAUAUUGUCGCACUUUCCCCCAGUCAUGAACCCUUUGUCAUUCUUUACUUAGUUCUACACUUCUCAGAGGUGUGGAAGUGUGGAAUAGUCCGACAAAGUAAGGAUAUUGUCACACUUUUCCCCCUGUUAAGAACCCCUUGUCAUUCUUUACUUAGUUCCACACUUCUCGGAGGUGUGGAAGGGUAGAUUAGUCUGACAAGUUAAGUUUAAUGUCGCACUUUCCCUGAGUCACGAGAAGCUCAGUAAGCUUUAUGAGCACUUCGUUUUAUUUCUGUAUGGUUUUUUUUCACAUUCUUCCUUAAGAACUAUUUUUAUUUUGAAUAGCAGAUAUAACCAUUUUUUCAAUGCCAGCUGUUGAAAGAAACUUAAAGUUAAGAAAUCCGAUCACCAACCAAGGUUUCUUCCUUAUCAGUAAGGGUUCAAAUUUGAUCAUUGUUAGAUCACGCCAUAUAUCCACUGUUUCUCAGUUUUUCCUCUUCUCUAAGGUUAUGUAAAUGCUGGACAUAAAUUAUGAAAAAGACGAAGUGUCCUCUGUUCAUUUUCCUUGUCAUUUUUGCAUAUUUUGACAGCCAAGAGAAGGUCUGCUCGCAAACUUCUGUGUCAAUCUGUAGGUGAAACACAAAGAGGUCAUAUGACAACAUGAAAACGUCUGUAUAUCGCUUCAUGCUAGAAUGCACUUAUAUGCCGCCAAAGAAUUAAUUACCGUGAUUAAAUAACUUAGUCAGUGAUAAGAUUAAAAUAAGUUUCAGUGUUCUGGCCGACGACCUAUGAAAUGAAACUGAGAUCGUUAUAGUACUAAAUAAAAUUAAUAACAUUGCACACCACAUCUUUUCCCUCUCAUUACCCCUUUGAGCUCUUCCACCUUGUUUGCGUCGCAGUUUUCAUUGCACCACUGAUCGACAUGGCCCUUCAUGUGCAUUUUGUCCACCAGAAUCGAUAGCUCUGACAAUCUCUUUGCAGUCCUUGUCACGUCCCGUCGAGAAGGGUUUUGAGCAAAUGUAGAACUAAGUAAAGAAUGACAAGGGGUUCUUAACAGGGGGAAAAGUGUGACAUUAUCCUGACUUUGUCAGACUUUUCCACACUUACACACCUCUGAGAAGUGUAGAACUAAGUAAAGAAUGACAAGGGGUUCUUAACAGGGGGAAAAGUGUGACAUUAUCCUGACUUUGUCAGACUUUUCUACACUUCCACACCUCUGAGAAGUGUAGAACUAAGUAAAGAAUGACAAGGGGUUCUUAACAGGGGGAAAAGUGUGACAUUAUCCUGACUUUGUCAGACUUUUCCACACUUGCACACCUCUGAGAAGUGUAGAACUAAGUAAAGAAUGACAAGGGGUUCUUAACAGGGGGAAAAGUGUGACAUUAUCCCGACUUUGUCAGACUUUUCUACACUUCCACACCUCUGAGAAGUGUAGAACUAAGUAAAGAAUGACAAGGGGUUCUUAACAGGGGGAAAAGUGUGACAUUAUCCUGACUUUGUCAGACUUUUCUACACUUCCACACCUCUGAGAAGUGUAGAACUAAGUAAAGAAUGACAAGGGGUUCUUAACAGGGGGAAAAGUGUGACAUUAUCCUGACUUUGUCAGACUUUUCUACACUUCCACACCUCUGAGAAGUGUAGAACUAAGUAAAGAAUUCAUGAGUGGGGGAAAGUGCGACAAUAUCCUGACUUUGUCGGACUAUUCCACACUUCCGCACCUCUGAGAAGUGUAGAACUAAGUAAAGAAUGACAAAGGGUUCAUGAGUGGGGGAAAGUGCGACAAUAUCCUGACUUUGUCGGACUAUUCCACACUUCCACACCUCUGAGAAGUGUAGAACUAAGUAAAGAAUGACAAGGGGUUCUUAACAGGGGGAAAAGUGUGACAUUAUCCUGACUUUGUCAGACUUUUCUACACUUCCACACCUCUGAGAAGUGUAGAACUAAGUAAAGAAUGACAAGGGGUUCUCAACAGGGGGAAAAGUGUGACAUUAUCCUGACUUUGUCAGACUUUUCCACACUUGCACACCUCUGAGAAGUGUAGAACUAAGUAAAGAAUGACAAGGGGUUCUUAACAGGGGGAAAAGUGUGACAUUAUCCUGACUUUGUCAGACUUUUCUACACUUCCACACCUCUGAGAAGUGUAGAACUAAGUAAAGAAUGACAAGGGGUUCUUAACAGGGGGAAAAGUGUGACAUUAUCCUGACUUUGUCAGACUUUUCUACACUUCCACACCUCUGAGAAGUGUAGAACUAAGUAAAGAAUGACAAGGGGUUCUUAACAGGGGGAAAAGUGUGACAUUAUCCUGACUUUGUCAGACUUUUCUACACUUCCACACCUCUGAGAAGUGUACAACUAAGUAAAGAAUUCAUGAGUGGGGGAAAGUGCGACAAUAUCCUGACUUUGUCGGACUAUUCCACACUUCCGCACCUCUGAGAAGUGUAGAACUAAGUAAAGAAUGACAAAGGGUUCAUGAGUGGGGGAAAGUGCGACAAUAUCCUGACUUUGUCGGACUAUUCCACACUUCCACACCUCUGAGAAGUGUGGAACUAAGUAAAGAAUGACCAAGGGUUCAUGACUGGGGGAAAGUGCGACAAUAUCCUUACUUUGUCAGACUUUUCCACACUUCCACACCUCUGAGAAGUGUAGAACUAAGUAAAGAAUGACAAAGGGUUCAUGACGGGGGGAAAGUGCGACAAUAUCCUUACUUUGUCGGACUAUUCCACACUUCCGCACCUCUGAGAAGUGUAGAACUAAGUAAAGAAUGACAAAGGGUUCAUGACUGGGGGAAAGUGCGACAAUAUCCUGACUUUGUCGGACUUUUCCACACUUCCACACCUCUGAGAAGUGUGGAACUAAGUAAAGAAUGACAAAGGGUUCAUGACUGGGGGAAAGUGCGACAAUAUCCUUACUUUGUCAGACUUUUCCACACUUCCACACCUCUGAGAAGUGUAGAACUAAGUAAAGAAUGACAAGGGGUUCUUAACAGGGAGGAAAGUGUGACAUUAUCCUGACUUUGACAGACUUUUCUACACUUCCACACCUCUGAGAAGUGUGGAACUAAGGAUGAAAAAGGAAAGUAGGGAUCUUGUGGCCAGCACUGGACAUUUGUGUUCGCCAAUACAGGUUCAAUUAAUACACACUGCCCUGCGCUGUCAGCUGGCAGACUACUGGAGUGGACUUUUUUCAAGCCCUUCUUUAAACUACAAUCUUCUACAGAAUAAGAUGGAAUCUCAACCUCAUCUCUGUGAAAUCAAGGAUGAAACCAUGCCAAGGCCAAAAUGUGCCACUUUUCCAUCCUUGAUUUGGGGGGCUGUGGGGAGCUGAGAUUUCUUCCAAGUUCCCUGGGUAACUUAUCAUUUGGGAGCUUAAGCAUCGAUGAUGGGUACACCAGCGAAAACAUCACUCAAAAUUAAUUUGCGUUUAUUCCAAUUUGCUGAAAAUGUCAAGUGUAGGCGAAUUUCCCUAGAGUUGAUUUCUUGGAGACCGCACUCAAGUUUAGGAGGAGAAAGAAACAUUCACUGUCGCUUGUUUACAUCCUCCAUAAAAUGUGAAAUUCGGCAUUUUCACUUCGCAUUCCUGCAGUGAUGGCAAAGAAAUGUACAAAAGAGUUUGAUGCAUGUGCAAAGUUGUUGUUUUGCUAAUUAAACCUGUUGCAUUUUUGUCAGUCUUGUUCCCAUUGCCAUUGUCGUUGCUAAAGCUCCCUUUUGUCUAUCCUCAGUUCUGGGGCAGAGUGGGAGUGGUCCCCUAUCAGGGGAUUUAGUCCAUGGUGUAGGGAUCUUGUCAAUCUGCCAUCUUUGAAUAUUUUGGGGAGGCAAAAUAACCACCAAGAUAAAAACAAUUAAUGACUACCUAUUCACAAAGUGACAGAUGGCAAAAGAAAACUUGGCUGGCCUAAUAAUAUCAUUUUUUUUUGAUGAGGUCACCCAGCUGGAAUUUUAUUUGGCCUGGUUUAUAUUACAUGCCUCUCAGUACAGCUUGAUUGAAAAAAGCUGGUCAUAACUAUAGAAGCUUAAAAUGAACAUAACUGUGUACCUAAACUCAUAGGGUUUUUUUUUUAGACCAGGGUUUAUUUUUUGAGAAGUGGUACUAAAAGUGUUCAAAUACUUAAGGCUCAUGGUGCCCUGGUUGGUCCUGUGCUUGAGCUGAUUAACUCAUGUUCAUGAUUGUUUGAAAUCUCUUUUUGGUCACCACCUGUUUUUCCAAAUACUUGAUCGUGUUGACUGCCUGAGAUUCUGUCAUAGUUUGGGUAGUUUGCCUUUUUUGAAUUUCUCCAGGAAGGGGAAUUUCAUCAGCUGCCCCGUAAAUGUCAAAAUCUGCUAGGGUUUGACCUUUUUAGCUUAAUAAAUUUCUUCCAAAGGGAGUCUCAUGUGCCUUUGGUGUUGUUGGUAUAGACUAGUUGCCUUACUGAAUUUCCUUUUUUAUCAAUAGCAACAGCAGCUUCAUCAGCAAGGGCUCCAAGGGCUCCAAGGUCUACAUGCCCACCCACCCACAAUACCACUGCCGCACCCAGGAUCCACACCUCCUCAGCUCCCACCUGGGGCAGCUUCUGGCCUUCUUGCCUUAUCCAAUCUUACUGUUCAGCCACCACAUCUACCAAUGAUGAAACCGGAAGAUAAAGGUAUGAAUGAGCAUGGAAGUUUUUAUGUUCAGCUUGUUGAGACAUUGUUUUAUUAGCAGGGCUAGUCAUAAAGGGCUGUGAACUGGGGAUUUUGAGUUGGACUAGUUAUAAGUAUUCUGUUACCUCAGUAUGUGCAAACAAAAUAUCUAAAUGCUCAUUGGAUCACAAGGUGCAAGGAAGGCGACAUAACAGAGAAAAGAACUAGGGAAUUAUAAGGACCUAUGCAUACACUUAUUUUAAGUGUAGCUAGGGCUACUCUAGUAGAGAAAAUAACAUUACAUUAAGAAUAUGUCAAGUUCCUGACUUUUGUUUCAUCUCCUGCCGACUUCAAAAUACGUAAUAAUGGUGAGAGCCCUUCAAAUUUACCCAAAGUUGUUGGAAUGUCUUAUCUGCAGUGAUUUUUUUUGUAAAUACAGUUGUGGUGGGUCCUGGGACUCAUCUUGUGAAAAAUCGUGAGUCCCAGUCCAGAACCAUUGAGUCCCAGUUCAAAAAACAAGGAGUCCCUGGGUCUUUUGUAACCACACAGUUAACCUGAAGACAAACUCCAAAACUCUGUAUUACAGUUGACUGAAAUAAAGAUAUACUCCUUCCAUUGUAAAGCACAACAAAGACUAAAGGAAAUAAGCAUUGUUUAACAACAGCCUCAUCCACAACAGCCACAGAAAUCACACAAACAGGAUAUUCUACGAAAACAUAUUCAGAUCGAUAAUUUGAUCUUUGCAUUCUACGGGACGCAUAGUGCAAAUUAAUUUGCAUCUUAUGCGAUUUUUAUCUGUCAGUGACACAGGAUGCAGCGGUAACAAAAUCACUGUAACUUCCACCUUAAAGUUUUGAAAUAUUUAUUUAGUGGUUGGAUUAAUAUUCAGAGUAUUGGGAGUAGUACAAGUUGCCUUUGAUCAUCAUCUUAUAUAUCAUAUACACUUUACAAAACAAAGAGUUAUUUUGGUUUUGUUUUUUUUUUUACUCUAACCCAUUAUAUUUUCUGUUUCUUUCAUGUUGUACGUCACCAUCAGAUGGCAUGGUAUGUGAAAGUUUAUUGUGUUAUUUUAUUUUAUUCAGUCAACUAGAUGGACAUCACUGGGACAGGCACUUAAAUUAAAUGUACUGUUAUAAGGCACAGCAUUUUUUUCGACAAAAGUUUGCAUGAUAGCUCUAAAUCUGUGGCAUGUUUUGGGUGCAUCUUAUAACCAGAGUAUUUUCGGGCUACAAAAAAAAUUGUGUGAUAUUCAAUUGCUCCAGCUACUCAUUUUGUUCUUUUUUUAUCAGUCCUCAAUGACUUGUAAAUCUGGUAAAGCUGGUAGUGGCCACAAUGACUCAUUUUGCGUUCGAAACAAAUCAUCACAUCAUUUCUUGUGGUUCGAAUAGUGUGUUGUUGUAGUUAAGGUGAUCAUCACCACAAGUCGUUCUUGUACCUUAUAGCCAGGCAUUUUAGUUGAAUUAUUUUCAAUUGCAAAAAAAACCCAUUCAAGAGUUGGGAGUGUGUUUUGUAAACAAGUGGGCCAACUUUUUCAAGUUUUAAUGCUCUGCCUGCAAAAGUCACCAAAAAACAGCUAUGGUUAGUGCUCCCUGAUGAAAUAUGUUUUAUAUCUUCUUCAUAUCUCUGUUGGAGUAUUUUGUACUUAAAGGCAGCUAAAUCAGUGUGUUAUGAAACUGAUGGUACAAGAAUUAAGGACAUGAUCUCACAAGAUGAAAUUACUAAUUUUAUAUUUUAACAACUUCUUUCCACUACUUCUAUAUAUGUUAAGGGUUAACAAAAUAAUGAAGGUCUUUGAGUAGAGGCCCACCGUUAUCAAAUUCAAAUAUUUAAUAAAUAUUAUUAUUCUAUAUGUAACAUGAAACUGUUAUAGUGUCAAUUGGAAUUUUCAUUUUCUAGAACUCAUUGUCACCUCUUGGACCAAUGUCUCGAGAAAAAUACAGACCAUCUGACCUCUCAUCGCAUGGUAGUGACGACGGCCACAUGGACAGGGAAAGAGACAGAGACAGAGAACGCGAUAGAGACCGCGAACGAGAGCGUGAACGAGAGAGAGAACGUGAGAGGGAGAGGGAUCGAGAUCGUGACAGGGAAAGACAUGUGAAUGGUGAGUGUAAGUUCAGUUGAAAUCAGUUAAAAUGAAGAAAAAGUAGAAAACUAUUUGAGCAAAAGCACUUGACAGUGCCCCUGCAAGCCUCCCUGGAGCCCCACACUUCAGAUUAGUGAAACUACUGAAUUGACUUUGGUUUUAACCUUGCCUGAAUCACAUGUAGCCUCAUUUGAAGUGUAAGAAGGGUAGUACUUUGCCUUUUUAUACAAUCCUGAUACACUUUUGAUAACUUUUGCUGUCAAAAUGCUUGAUAAAACAGUUCAGUUUUCGUGUAUGAAUAUUGAACUGGUGAUUCACUUUUGCUAUUUAUGACAGUUACUCUAAUCUACUUCAAACUAGGAAUACAUGUAAGUCUUCUCUGUAACAAAAAUAUGAUAAUUUAACAUAUGUUUUGUAAUGUAAAGUAAUUUAGUGAAGGUUGAGUAAGUUCCAAAGAAAUAAAUGUUCAUUUUGACAUAUGCAAGAAACUACUGACGGACUUCUAGUGUGAUACUAAGAAAAUCCUACUGUUAGUAAGUGACAUAACAUCCUGACAUUGACUUUUUAGGAACCAAAAGCAACAUUAAAAGGAAAAGAGAUGACAAAGACUCAGGGGUAAGUUUUGUUUCCAACUAUGAAAACUUGCAUUGAAUUUUAGGCCCUAGAUCUCGAGUGAAAAUUUAGGAAUUUUGUCUAACCACAGAGCAAAUUGUUUUUUGUUCUUUAGGAAAGUGAUGCAGAGAAAAGUGAUGGCGACCUUGUAGUGGAUGUUUCUAAUGAGGUGGGUGUGCCAUUAGUGGGGUGGGCUUUUGUUGCACUGACUCGAAUGCUCUUCAACUUUUUUGUGUAGUUUGAUGUUUUUGUAGACUGGUAAAUAUUCGUAUUUGCCACUUAUUCAAAAGUCACUUUUUUAAAGGCGAAAAAAAAGCAAAACCAAAAACAGCCUUGAAUAAAGGUUUUUUGCGUCUUGAUGGGGAUUACGAAAUUAAAACUGGCUUCGCUAAUUGAUUGCAGGAUGCAAAUUCACCACCCAGAGUCGAGAAUGGACCUGAUUCCCCUGUAAAUGACAAGAAAAGUCGAAAAGAUUCUGGCUCUCCCAACAAUGCAUCAUCAUCAUCAUCCACACCAUCAUCAAAACAUCCCAAGGUAUGCAUAAAUUGUUUGAACUCUUCAUUAAUGGAUGAACUUGAAAACUGGCUAGCGGGGUGUCACAAUCCCAUAAGCCAGAGGGAGGUAUCCAUGGCAACACUGGAAAGUGGGAACCCCCUCAAACGAGCCUCCACUUAUUGGCACUGUUACACGGAAAGAAUUCAGUGGAAAAACUUGUCUAAAAAAAUACUUACUCUCGUGUUCUCCCUAGGAUUUUGGGAAGGCCGGGGGGUAUUCUCACUUGGAUUUUUAGCAGUGUUUGUACAAGGCCUGCUGAAGCCAGGAAAAUUUUUUAUAAAGAUCGUGAACUUAAUUUUAGUUGUUCAUUUGGUUAGCAAGGAACUGUUUUUCUCCUUUUUUUCUGAGUCCCACAAAUGGCAGCUGCUUUCUCAAAAUCAGUCUUCUGAUAUUUGGUGUUUGGAAUUAAUUGAUUUCGGAAGAUUUGGUGUCAUUUUAGGUGACUUUUAGGUAACCUGUACUGUGUAGGUUAUAGGUUGGAUUCCUGUUGGGAGUGUUUUCCUCUAAGCCACUUGUGUCACUAACUAUAAAAACAUUUUCUCAAAUGUUAAUGUGUUGAUCUGUGGGAUUUUUUUACAGUCAGAAAGCAAACCCAUUCUUCCGUCAUCAGAAAGCAGCUCAUCUGGGAGGAAGAGCCCCUCGAGAUCCUCACCGUCCGUAAAAACACCAGUAGGUAUGUAUCAUUCAUACAGAACUACAUUGAACUUAAGCGGCCAAGAUGACAAACAGCAGUGAAAAUGCUUGUGAAAAAGUGAAUUUCCAUUAACUCAAGCUUCACUUUAUUUACACAUUCUUGCUUAAUUUGUCAAAUUUAGAUGAAUUUUCCUCGAGUUGAAUUCUUAAGGACAGUAUCCAAGUUCAAAAAGAGAAAGGAAAAUUUUUUGUUGUGUGUUCAUUCCCACAAAAUGACAAAAAAAUUAGGAAGUUUCACAUUGUAGACGUGUAGUGGAUGUCAAAAAAGUAAACUGGUUGCUGCCUUCAUCCCUCUGAUUGUAUUAGCUCUCUACUAUUUCAACCAGUGUGGUUGAGUGAGCAAAAGGAAUGACGACCAUCUUGUUGGUGUAUUUUACAGCCGCCCCGGCAGUUAGAACAGCAAUGUCUGUACCAGGAGGUCCAUAUCCAUUUGUAAAUCCACACAACAUUGCCAGGUAAUUAUGGAUUAAACACAAAGCGACAAAGUUAAAUAUCUUUUCAUAAUAGCACCUUCAUUGAAGGCUGAAGGCCUGUAGCAUUUCGCUGUUUUGCUGUGGCUAGGUUUUGGCACCCAGUUAGUGUUUUUGGUCAUUAGUAUGUUGAGUUGUCGUAGAAUCAUAAGAGCUCCAGCCAGCGGCGGCAAUUGGAAAAAUCCUUGACUCGCAGAGGACGAGACCCUGGUUCAAAACAGAAUGAAACACAUAAAAAUGAGUCUUUGAAACGCAUUAUUAAUGCUUUAGAGAUAACAAGAUCAGAUGGGAAUUUCCAAGACCCAUGAUUUUCUAGUUUACACUUCCAACCCCUAUAGGUAGCUCUUUUUUUUCUGAUGGAAGACUAUCAGUUUCUUGUAUUUAGUCGUUUUCUUCUUUGAUGUUAGCUUCAUCUUUCUUCACUUGGAAAAUACCUAGUGUUGAAGUGUUCCAUUGGAGGCGUACUGUACCUUACCUUACCUCACCUCUUCAUGCUCCAUUACACAUAAGGCCUCCACACCUCUCUGUCAUCCUGCUAUUUUGAAAUGUGUGUCUGGUUUCAGUUAUGAGAUUUUUGUUCAGGAUGGGACAUUUUCCCAUUGCCCAAUCCCCAACCUGGAGGGCCAGGUUAUGCAAUUCCCGUGGCCUUUCAUACGAAACCUACCCGACACAGUUGAACCCACCAGGUCCCAUUAUUGGUAUAGCUUAGAGGGUCAUCAAGGCACACAAACCUCCGCACCACGUUCCUUGGGGAAAAUAAGCUAAUUUCUUUGGUAUUGCUUUGUAGUGACCUGGCAAGCCCAACAUCAUUUUCCCCAUCGGUCAUGGCAGCCAGCAUGUCAGCUGGUGGGAUUGGUUAUGGCCGGUCUCCUUUGGUAUGUAUUCUUUCUUGUCUGAUGAAUUUCAGUUUUUAUUAUUUGUUUAUUGUUUAUUUAUUUUCACUAUUUUGAUCUCAGGUUGGCUUUGAGCAUGGCAGCCCUGCAGCCAGAGUAGGCAUGUCCCCAUUAGGUCCCAGUAUCCCAGCAGGUCCCCCAGGUGGCAAGCCUGCAUACUCAUUCUAUGUGAGCGGGGAUGGUCAAAUGCAACCAGUGCCAUUUCCGCCAGAUGCACUCCUUGGUUCCAAUAUACCUCGCCACGCCCGACAGAUUAACCAACUAAAUCAUGGAGAAGUUGUAUGCGCUGUAACGAUCAGCCAUCCAACGAGACAUGUAUACACGGGAGGAAAGGUCAGCACUGUUAUUUUUUACAAUUUUCUUGAACUGUGGAAUGAAGAAAUAUUGAAAAUAUUGAUGUACACUUAUUGAAAGCUUGCCGAACCCUGGCAAUUCAAACAGUUACAGAACUCCGCACUGCAAGCACUGAUUAACAAUGCAAAUAUCUGAGCGGCUACAUGACUGUACAGGAUGGUUCUUUCAGAAAACGUUGCUUCUUGGAUCCUCGAUGAUCGAAACUCGAGACUGGAUCCUCGUGUCUCGAGACUCAAUCCUUGCAUCUCGAAACUUGCGUUUUUUGUUUUAUGCAAUGAUUAACUAUCAAGUGUACUGAAAAAAAAAAUGUAGAGACGGUAGAGUGAAGAGUUCAAGCCUUAUAAAGUCCUGUUAGAAUGGACAGGGAAUGUGCAUUUUUGUACAAUCUGUGAAAUUACAUUAGUGGUAUGUGGUCCUGGAAAAGUCCGUAAAAAUGGUUGCAAUUUUUUGUAUGAAUCCUGAACUGCAUAAGUUGGGUCUUCAACUGCAAUGGUCUUCCUUGCAUUUAAUUUUGGUUAAGGUGAUGCACAAUUGCUGGAUAACCCUAGGAUAGAAUUUCUCUUUGGAGUAACUCUCAAGCAGAGAAAUCCUUGAGUGCUGUAGAAUGUACAUUUCAUCUGCAUGGACUGUUAUUUUAGUUCAGCGGAAAAGGACCAUCAGUGUUCUUAGUUUGACAGGAACAGUGGUAAGAAUCCAGAAGAUAGAUGCAGAGAGGGCAACAGUUGAACUGUUCUUUAAUACAGAUAAGGCUAGUUUCAAAACUAUGUAUUGUAAUACUGGUGCUUGUCUCAGCUUGACGGUUUUACCACUCUACAACAUGUGACUUGAAGGUGACAAAAUUUCAGAUUGUUUUGUAAAACUGUUUGUUUUCCCUUGGUUGCAGGGCUGUGUGAAGGUGUGGGACAUAGGUCAAAGUAGUGGAAAAAAUCCAAUUUCAACUUUAGAGUGUUUGGUAAGUCACCGUUUACACAAUUCAUAGUAAGAGACACAUUUUAGCAUCACUUAGUUGCAGGGUUGUCAAUAAGGGUCGGUAGCCAGGCAAAACCGCCGGCUAGUUAGCCAUCCUUAGCCAGCUACUUUUGUCUCCAUCUAUCAUAACUGCUAACAAAAAGUUAAGCACCAUCAAAUAAAAUUGUAAAACAUCCGUUUCCCAGUUUUGAAUGACAUUGAACGCAUAUUUAAACAGGUUUGGAUCUGUGAAACAUUCAAACCGAGCGAUGUGUUGGGACACCCGACACAUUUUUACGGCAUUGUUCCCACUCUUGCAUGUAUUCUGAUGAAACUGCAUGGCAGUGGAAAAUAUCUCUUGAAAACCCCUGGAAAUGCCAUUUUUGAUAAGAUUCAAAAUGUCCCUAGAUGCCUCGGCCCUCAAGAACUUGUACCUUUGGUGCGAGUUCCAGAGCCGCCUACCAUUCACUAUCAGCCUGCUACUUAAAAACGUUUUGACAGCCCUGAGUUGUGAGUUGUAAUAGAGACCAGGUACCUUUGAUAAGUGGCUUUCCUGUUUAUAGAAGUGAUUUUUGAAUUUGGUAUUCUGUAGUUUUAAAACUUGAUUAGUGGUUGCUUUGUUUUGUUGCAUACCCCUUUUGAUUUUUCCCUAAUUUUAUUUUGUUCCGUUUUAUUUCCUAGAGAGAUAACUACAUCCGAUCUUGUCGUCUCCUGCCUGAUGGUAGAACUCUCAUUGUCGGCGGUGAAGCUAGUACUCUUACAAUAUGGGAUCUUGCAUCCUCUCAACCAAGAAUAAAGAAUGAACUUACUUCAAAUGCACCAGCCUGUUAUGCUUUGGCAAUUAGUCCAGAUUCUAAAGUAUGCUUCAGUUGUUGUAGUGAUGGAAAUAUAGCUGUGUGGGACUUGCAUAAUCAAACAUUAGUCAGACAGUUUCAAGGUCAUACGGAUGGUGCUAGUUGUAUUGACAUUUCACCAGAUGGUACAAAAUUAUGGACAGGUAAGGACUGCAUGUACAAAAAACAAAAUCUGUUAUAACUUUUCUGGGCUUCAUGAAGAGGCUGCUGUUUGCUCUAAUCACCUCUGACUUGGAUCAAAGGCAUCAAAGUUAGACUGCAAAGGUGCUAAUGACAGCCUAUUGUUUUGCACAUCAAAUCGAAGGUAUAACACCCCUGAAAAGAAACAGUGUUGUAAUCCCCUUGAUAAAAGGCAAAGACAACAGGAUGGCUUAUAAUAACGUGCGCCACCCAAAUUAUUAAGACUUGGUGGUCCCUAACAGGAGGUUCAACUGCUGUGCAUUGACUGGGAAGAAAGAAUUGGUAUUUCUGAAAGGCGGUCAGUUGAGUUUCAUCUUGUGGACGACAUUUGAUUUGGGUCUGCCUUUUUUGAAUGUACUACAGAUUACGGGCCUAUGACCAAGAUCUCAAGUUGCUGAGUAUGUGUAUUUAGUGAGCGGGGAAUUAACGAGCUCGGAAAUUCUUUUGGUUCCAUUCUUUUGUUUUCUAUGACAAUAGCUUGGAAAUCCCCUUUCCUUAGAUUUCUCCAUCUCAUUUAGUAACAGCCCUCCGGGCUGGAAUACAUUAUUGUCACAGUAAAAGCAUGAAAAUUAAUUAACUUUGCAUUUUUCUGUACUUUCUAGGAGGAUUAGAUAACACAGUUAGAUCUUGGGAUCUUAGAGAAGGAAGGCAGCUCCAACAACAUGAUUUUACAUCACAGAUCUUCUCCCUGGGGUAUUGCCCGUCUGGGGAUUGGCUUGCUGUGGGGUGAGCUACUGACAUUUCCAUUUUUGUGAUUUCUGUUUUUGAGUGUUGUCCUUGUGACGAGUGUAGUCCAUGGGCUGAGUGUGGAUCCUGUGUCGGGUAAUGUCCCUGAGCCCUGACUUAAUUAAGUCUGAUCUCUAGUUUGACAGCAUUUCAAUUUUACGUUUAAAGCAUCAUGUAAAAUUGCAGAGUGACCAUCUUUUUCUCUGGCUUCCAUUUUUUUGACCUGGCCACCAAAUGGUAAUGCUGAAAAAAAAAUCAGCUUAGGGCACUGAUAUUAUUAUUAUUGUCAUUUUGAGUACUUUCCUUGCUGUUCAGCAGAUUUAAUGUUAACCUACAUGCAAGGUGACUUUUUCAACCUUUUUUUAAGUUACAACUGUAAGACUUUUAAAAAUUUUUUUCUUAAUACAAAUGUUUAUUUUUCAUUAGAAUGGAAAACAGCAAUGUGGAAGUUCUCCACCAAACAAAACCAGACAAAUACCAGCUACACUUACACGAAAGUUGUGUAUUGUCAUUAAAGUUCGCUUACUCUGGAAAAUGGUUUAUAACAACGGGUAAAGACAAUUUGUUGAAUGCGUGGAGAACCCCUUACGGUGCAAGCAUAUUUCAGGUUAGUGUUUUAACUGAGACAUCAGCUGUUCACUUAGCUCCCUCCCUUAAAGGUAUUCAUUCCUCUCCUUCCUUUGAAAAAUAUUUUCUUGAUGAUGUACACUAAACCCAGUCUUGAAAAAGUCAAAAUAAGUCAAAAGUUAGGUGUACACUAAAUUUACUCUGUAAGCUUUUAUAGUAGUAAUAACCAAAGGGUAGUGGGGGGCGAUUGAUGCAGAUGCUCUCUUCCAACCUAGUACUUGUCGUUAAAGAAGGUUCAAAACAUGUGUGAUCAGAUUACUAGUGAUAGAACUUCCAAAUGUGUGUGAUCAGAUUGCGUUCUAUGCAUUCCAUUGAUUUUCAGUGGAAGUUCAAAUGAAUGCGGGAUACGUUGAUUACUUUGUCUGUACCGUGCAUGUGUAACUACAACCUGGAGAUUAGGAUUCUGGGCUUCUUUGAUCGCCUGCAAUAUUAGAGAGCUUUAGAUUCGAGGACAAUAUCGACUACGAGUACUAGAUUUUACUUAAAGUUUUUUGCGUAUUGUCAAAAAAUAGACACCCCCCCCAAUUGCUUCAUUGUACUUUUUUGUACCAAGAAAGUUAGCACUGUUAUCUUUAUUAAUGGAGGUUAAGCCCUCUGCCGAUCACAAAAUGAUAAAACUUCUCACAUUUGAUAACUUGUUUCCGCCACUACAACAUUCUCGCUCAAACUCAUAGUGGAAUGAAGAUGGCUAUCGCGUUUUCCCGACAAAAUGAUGCUGGUUCAUGCACAAGAAAUACUUCGUAUUGAGAAAAUCUCCUUCUCAUAAGUCGUUUCAACCCCUUAUAAGUUUCUGGUUGCAUUGAUUAAUAUAAUAUCAAAUAUCCCAAUAAUUGCAUCCUUUUUUUGCAGUCCAAGGAGUCUUCAUCAGUGUUGAGCUGCGACAUUUCAGCAGAUGACAAGUACAUUGUGACAGGAUCUGGUGAUAAGAAAGCUACCCUCUAUGAGGUCAUAUUCUGAAGUGCAGUUUGUGUAGGAUAAAUGAGCCACUUACGUGUGAAAUGAAGAGAAAAAGCAGCACAUGCAAGAAUUCUGUGCCACGAGGAUGAGACAGAGGCUGUGUUGAUGUGAUGUGAUUUUGUUUUGUGGAUCUUCUGGUGGAAGUCGUUGAAUAAAAUGCCGUCAUAUGUUCUGUGAAGUGCAGAUUUGUGUGGAUGUGAUUCAGAUGGAAGUUUUGUCACUAAGCCCCACAGUUCGUGGUGGCGAAGAACAGAAGAAGGUCUUCAAGUUGUUAAGAUUCAGUGCCUACUCAUAUUCGGUGUGAAAAGAACUGUUUUCAAGCCUCUACAGAUCAUCUCUUUUUGAGGAACAGAGAAAUAUUAACAUAAUUCUUGUACAAUGAAAUCUGAUAAAUUAUUCCAGCAACAGUGAAGACAUUUUUAUGACCUUUUGUUGUAAAGAGAAACUGCAAGAAGUCCCAUAUUUGACCCCCUUUUUUAGAGACGAAAAAAAGCAUAGGGAGAGGUGGUGU